UAUGCGGCCCCUUUAAGAAAUAUGACACGCUGCGCACUGGUGAUGCGCAGAAGAGAGAAGCGACGCGAGAGAGACGAGACGAGCUGAAGAUUUCACCAGUUGAGGCUGAAAGUGACGCUGUUAACGGUCGUGGACGAAGGACAAAUGUGGAAUAUUUUCUUCGGAUGCCGUAUAUUUCCAGUCUGCAGAUCGAGUGGAAGUGAAAGAGGAAAAACAAGAACUGGAGGAAAUUAAGGAGGAACAACAUGACUUCAAAUUUCAAGAAACAAAAGCCAAAAAGCUGCACACCUGCACUCGUUGUGGAAAGAGUUUCAGUCAAGAAGGAAGCCUUAACGCACACAUGAGAAUUCACACUGGAGAAAAACCGUAUCCAUGCUUUCAGUGUGGAAAGAGUUUUUCUCAAGCGUCAGGUCUCAAUAUUCAUCAGCAGGUUCACUCUGGAGGAAAAGCAUUUAACUGUGAUCAGUGUGGUAAAGGUUUUAAUUCACCAUCAGAUCUAAAACUACACCUGUUAGUUCAUUCAGGUGAGAAGCCUUAUGUGUGUUCUGUCUGUGGGAAGAGUUUUUCAAAGCUUAACAGUUGUAAACUGCACCAGAAAACACACGAUGAAGUGAGAGAUCAUGUGUGUUGUGACUGUGGGAAGAGUUAUACUACAUCUGGAUAUCUGAAACUGCACCGAAGAAUUCAUACUGGAGAAAAACCUCACAAGUGCUCAUACUGUGACAAGAGUUUCACUCAGUCUGAAUCUCUGAAAUCACACGAGCGAGUUCACACUGGAGAGAAGCCGUACCAGUGUACUGAGUGUGAGAAGAGUUUCAAAGAUUCAGCGGGUUUGAGAAAUCAUCUGCCUAUUCAUUCCAAAGAAAAAACAUUUAACUGUGAUCAGUGUGGUAAAGGAUUUAUUUCAUCAUCAAGUCUAAAAUCACACCUGAACGUCCAUUCAGAUGAGAAGCCUUAUGUGUGUUCUCUCUGUGGAAAGAGUUUUUCACGACUGGUAUGUUGUAAACAGCACCAGAAAACACAUGAUGAAGUGAGAGAUCAUGUGUGUUGUGACUGUGGGAAGAGCUUUGCUAGAGCUGGUGAACUGAAACAGCACCAAAGAAUUCAUACUGGAGAAAAACCUUACCAGUGCUCAUACUGUGACAAGAGAUUCAAUCAGUUGGGAGCACUGAAUUUACAUAAGCGACUUCAUACUGGAGAAAGACCUCACAAGUGCUCAUAUUGUGACAAGAGUUUCACUCAGUUGGGACAACUGAAAUCACAUGAGCGAGUUCACACUGGAGAGAAGCCGUAUCACUGUACUGAGUGUGGAGAGAGUUUUAGACAUUCAUGUAGUUUUCUCAGUCACAAGAUGAAGUAUCAUAAGUCGUCACAGUGAGCAACAUUUUCAUAUCAAAUACUGUAAAUGUUUAAUGUUUGAAAAAUAAGUAAAUGUUUUGAGAUUAUCGAAAUAUGGAGUUGCUCUCAAAAGAACAUUAUUUGACUUUGUGAAUGAUUAGAUAACUAGAAAUACUUGUUUAUAUUGUGUUCUAUAGGUUUCAAGUAAAUCAGUCAAAACUAA